UGGGAUGGUGCCUUUCCUGAACUCCAUCCUGGGGACGAUGCUGCCCAUGCUGGGGAUGGCCAAGCAGGACAACAUGAAGUCCGUCUUCUGCUACGCGCUGCAGUCCUUCAGCGAGAGCAUCCAGGAGUACCUGGCCAACCUGGACAAGGCCCCAGACCCCACCGUCCGCCGCGACACCUUCUCCAAUGAGAUCUUCAGCGCCUACGAAGUGCUCUUCUACGGCUGGCUCCAGAGUCGGGAAGCCAAGGUGAGGCCACUGUCCUGAAUGCUUUUUGAA